AUCAGUGGCCAAGGGUUGUGCUGCGCCCCGACCUUUGAGAUGAGCUGUGCUCGUCCCACGGCACCCGGAGCCCAGCUGCCCCCCAGAGCGAUGGCAGCGCUGUUGGCUCUGCUGGUGCUGGUGGCCUGGCCAGCUGCCACCGCAGCAGCGACAGUGACACAGGACUCGGUGCUCAACAUCUGCAUGGACGCCAAGCAUCAUAAAACAGAGCCUGGCCCUGAGGGGCAGCUCUACGGGCAGUGUGUCCUCUGGAAGGACAACGCCUGCUGCACUGCCAACACCAGCAUGGAAGCCCAUCAGGAUCAGUCCUACCUGUACAACUUCAACUGGGACCACUGUGGGGCCAUGCCAGAGAAGUGCAAGCGCCACUUCAUUCAGGACACGUGUCUCUAUGAGUGUUCCCCCAACCUGGGGCCAUGGAUCGACCAGGCAGACAACAGCUGGAGGAAGGAGCGGAUCCGGGAUGUGCCACUGUGCCAGGAGGACUGUGAGCAGUGGUGGGAGGAUUGCCAGGAUGCUGUCACUUGCAAGGUCAACUGGCACACGGGCUGGAACUGGACUACAGGCACCAACCAGUGUCCCAAGGGUGCCAUGUGCCAGAAGUUCAAGUACGUGUUCCCCACGGCGGCUGCACUCUGCGAGCAGGUCUGGUCUGGCUCCUACAAGUACACGUCCCACCACCGUGGCAGCGGCCGCUGCAUCCAGAUGUGGUUCGAUCCCGCGCAGGGGAACCCCAAUGUCGCCGUCGCCCAAUAUUACGCCCGUGGCGAUGCUCCCCCAACCUACCCGCUCUCUAUCCUGCUGUCUCUGCUGCCCCUCACCCUCCUGGCCCCGCUCUAAGCAGGAGGGGCUGCAGGCAGGAGCAGGCAGUAGAUGGGCAGAGGGGUCACCAGGCUGCCUUGUGCCUCCCCAUGAGAUGUCCCCAAGCUGUGUCCCCCCCAGGCAUGUGGCUUAUGAAUAAACACUCCUGCUCUA